AUGCCAGAGGCGAAGCUGGAGCCUGAACCCUGGCUCAUUAGCUACAACGCUGGGAUCAGCGCGUGCGAGAAGGGCGAGCAGUGGUGGCGGGCUUUGGCGCUGCUCAGCGAGAUGUGGGCGGCGAAGCUGAAGCCCGACGUCAUCAGCUGCAACGCAGGGAUCAGCGCGUGCGAGAAGGGCGGGCAGUGGCGGCGGGCGCUGGCGCUGCUCUGCGAGGUGUGGGAGGCGAAGCUGGAGCCCAGUUUUAUCAGCUACAACGCUGGGAUCAUCGCGUGCGAGAAUGGCGAACAGUGGCGGUGGGCUUUUGCGCUGCUCAGCCAGAUGCGGGAGGCGAAGCUGGAGCCCAACCCCUGGUCAGCUACAAUGCUGUGGUUAGCGCGUGCCAAAAAGGCGAGCAUUUGCAGCGGGCUCUGUUGCUGCUGA